UCUGACGGUACAAAUUUGUAUCGGGUGAUUCCCCGUCCAUUAUUUCGAUAAUACGAUCGCGCAUUCCAUAUUUGACAUUAAGGAUCCUUUCAAGUACUAUUACGCUAGCCAAUCACAGUGAUUUAUUUCAAUUUUGCCUAUUUACCGCUAGCAAGUGACACUUUCAAGUUUCGACCUGUUUCGGAUUUGAGAACUGCAGAUUGCUUUUGUUUUAGAAAAUAUUUAAAAAUAGAAUAAACGAGAUUUUUAUAAUGAAUAUUUCAAAGAAUACAGCUUUGAUAGAAGAUCUUUUUAUGGAAGAUCUUCCAGACUGUGCCGACACUUCAGAUGUGGAAUUUUCUGACGAAGAAACCAUUCGCGAAGAACGACUACCCUCAACUAGCAAUUUUGAUGAAAAUUCUGAGGCAGCAUUAGAAGAAUAUAUGCUGAGCCAAACUAAACCUACUACAGGAUAUGAGACAGAAGAUCCUAGUAGGGAAAUAGACCAAGAGCUAAUUGUAUAUUCUAUUCCUAACACUAUUCCAGAUAAUUUACCGGCUCAGGAAACUGUUACGUCAACACAUGCACAAUCCAAAAAAACAAAACAUGAGCCUAAUCGUAAAUGAAAGAAACGUGAUGUAGAAACGUAUUUACCAGAAUAUUCUGCAAACACGGGGGUCGUUGACGAAUAUUUUGCUGAAUGCACUACGCCGACUGACAUUUUUUUAGUCCUGAUUAGUGAUGUACUGGAUAAUAUUGUGUAUCAAAGUAAUUUAUAUGCAACACAAAGAAAUAAAUUUCUCAACUUGAAUAAAGAAGAACUACUGGCUUUUAUCGGAAUGAACUUCUAUAUGGGGUACAACACUCGGCCUUCAUGGACAGACCAUUAUUCAUCGGCACCUGAUUUGAAUAACCCCUUGAUUUGUAAAACUAUGCCUAGAGAUAGGUUUGCAGCAAUUUUGAGCCAUCUUCAUUGCAAUGACAACACGCAAAUGCCUUCCAAUUGCAAAGAUAAAUUAUAUAAAAUCAGACCUUUCAUUGAUGCACUGAAUAAAAAAUUUCAAGAAUGUUAUUAUGGAACUAGAGAAUUGAGCGUAGACGAGUCUAUGAUCAAAUUUAAAGGUAGGUCUGUAUUGAAACAAUAUCUCCCUGCGAAACCGAUAAAAAGAGGGUAUAAACUAUGGUGCCUCGCUGACCAACGCGGUUUUAUUAAAAACUUUAUAAUUUAUCAAGGAAAAAAUGACGAAAUAGCUGUAAAAUUUGCAGAUUAUUCACUGGGAGAAAAAGUUGUUCUACAGUUAACCGAAAAAGAAUGGGGUAAACAGAAAGUUAUUUAUUAUGAUAAUUUUUUUACAUCUAUUGCUUUAUUAGAAAAAUUGAAAACAGAAGGAACUUAUGCCUGUGGAACUAGGUCUAACCGUAAAGGUAUUCCCAAUAAUCUGGUAGCUGACUCUAAACUGAAGCAUGGCCAAUAUGAUUACAGAUUUUCUAAUAUGAAUAUUGCAUAUUAUAAAUGGAAGGACAACAAAAUUGUACAUUUGGCUUCUAAUUUUCAUGGCAAUGAUGAAGCUACAGUAUCGCGCAAAGAAAAAAAUGGGUCUAAAUCUACAAUCACCUGUCCAAAGGCCAUCAAAGACUACAACUCUUACAUGGGGGGUGUUGAUACAGCAGACAGAUUGAGAGCACUAUACUGCGCGGACAGGAAGUUCCCAAAAUGGUGGCACAGGUUGUUUUGGGGUAUUCUAGACAUUACAUUUGUAAAUGCAUAUAUUAUUCAUGGACUCAUAAUGGAAAAGACACCUGUAAAAGAAUUUAGGAGAUCCAUUGCGCAAGGGUUGAUGUCUAUGAAGGACAUCAAAGAUAACAAGAAGAAAAGAUUAUCAAAAGACCCUGUGCUUAGUCCUGGGCCAUCUAAAAGGCGCAAAACUGGCUUCUCAACGUUGAAAGACGUUCGAUUAGGAAACCGCGGUGUACAUUGGCCUACGUUUGUGCCAAAUAGAGGGCGAUGUGAAGUAUGCAGCAUGAAGAAAGUGCAGUCAAAACCUCACUCAAAAUGUUCUCACUGCAAUACAUUUUUGUGCAUAAAUGAAAAAAAGAAUUGUUUUACAGAAUAUCACUAUGUUAAUGUAUAAUUGCUUUUUAAUUUUAUUAUUAAUUCGAGCCAAAAAUAAAUAUCUAAUGUUUCUAUUUUAUCAGUCCUUUUUUUACCUAAAGUUUCUGAUGGUACUUAUAAGUCUAGGUUACGAAAAUAGUAUCUAGAUAUAAUAAAUAAAUCUGAAAAAAAUUUACUAGU